CUAUAAUAAUAAAAAAUAACAAUUGUUGUUUUCGUUGUCCGGUUUACAAUUUGGUGAUAGAUACUGAUAACCCUUAGGGAAGAUUUUCUUUAUUGGUGGAAGAUGCUAGUGUUGAAGGUUAAAUAAGCGAUUGAAAAAUGUUCCUCUGCAUCUCAAAAAAGUUUGACUAUUAAAACAAAUAAUAAAAUAAUAACACAAUGAUUAAUAAACUUGCUUUUAUACGCAAUGAGUGUCAACAUCAUAUUUACAUUGUUCUAUUAAUCUCGGCCUUUGCAUUAAGUGGUAUAUCUGUGUAUAAUAUUGUCACCAGAGUCCAACGUCUGAAAAAUGAUUUAAAGUAUUAUAAUAAGAUAUCAUUAGACUUUAAUGACAUUACAGAGGUGAGAUUAGCCGAGAGUGCAGACAGAUCGAAGGAACGUCGCCAUAAUUGUUCAAUAUGGACUUGUGUGGAUCCUUAUCGUUGUGGGCAUGAUCGGAUUAGUAUUUAUGUUUACCCCUUAGUGGAGUACAUUGAUGCUAGUUCUGGUGCUGAAGCUGCGCCUUUAACACAGGAGUUUUAUCAAAUUUUAAGCACCAUAGUUAAAAGUCCAUAUUAUACCUCAAAUCCAAAUCAAGCAUGUCUUUUUGUGCCAAGCAUUGAUUUGAUAAAUCAGAAUAAUGUUAAUAUUGAUUUGGUGAAUAGAGCAUUGGCUUCGUUAGAGCACUGGAACGAUGGACGAAAUCAUGUUUUGUUUAAUUUGCUAGCCGGCUCUUAUCCCACAUUCAACACAGUGGUUGAUGUAAAUUCGGAUAAUGCUAUUGUGGUGGGAGCAGGUUUUGAUUCUUGGUCAUACAGACGAGGUUUUGACGUCUCUAUACCAGUUUGGAGUCCCUUCUUAAGAAGCCAUCCUACUGCGCGAACUUCGACGACUGGUGAAUAUACCUUAGUGGUGGCACAACUUAAUAUUUUGCCAAAACUAUUGUGGACAGUACGAAGUCUUAUAGAUGAGUAUCCUAAUGACAUUUUAUUGCUAAAGCAGUGUAAUGAUAAAGCCAUACGUGGUGAACGUUGUUUAUCAGAGAAUAAUGAGGAGAAUAAAUUUGAAUAUCCUGAAGUUUUAUCUAAAGGAACAUUUUGUUUAUUGGGUGCUAGCGCACGACUGGGACAACCAGAUCUUCUGGAAAUGCUUGCAUUAAAUUGUAUACCAAUAAUCGCGAUAGACACUUAUGUUUUGCCUUUUGAAGAUGUAAUCGACUGGUCUUUGGUAUCCAUAAGAAUACGCGAACCCGAUUUACACUUGGUUAUGGAAAGAAUUAAGCGAAUAUCAGGUGAUAAAAUCGAAGAGAUGAAACGUCAGGGUCGUCUAUUAUACAAUAACUACUUUAACAGCAUACGUUCUAUUACAAUGACAACAUUAGAAUACCUACAAACUCGUAUGUUUCCACACAAUGAACGUAAUACAAAGCAUUGGAACUUUGUGGAUAGCUCUAAUGGGGUAGCCUUAAAUCCUCUAUUUUUAUCGCGUGUUGUAAGUCGAGCGGAUGGCUUUACUGCAGUCAUAUUAACUUAUGAUCGUGUAGAAAGUCUUUUCAUAUUGAUAGAAAAGUUAUCUUUAGUACCUUCAUUGCAUGCAAUACUGGUCAUUUGGAAUAAUCAACAAAAGUCACCACCUUUAUUGUCCAGUUUCCCCGCCAUUUCUAGGCCCAUAAAAAUUAUACAAACACGUAAUAAUAGACUUUCUAAUCGAUUUUUCCCCUAUAAGGAUAUAGAAACUGAAGCUAUAUUGACAAUUGAUGAUGACAUUAACAUGUUAACAGACGAUGAAGUAGAAUUUGGAUAUGAGGUCUGGCGUGAAUUUCCGGAUAGAAUAGUUGGCUUUCCUAGUCGUUUACAUGUAUGGGAGAAUUUAACCUCUCACUGGCGUUAUGAGUCUGAAUGGACAAAUCAAAUCUCUAUGGUUCUAACUGGAGCAGCAUUCCAUCAUAAAUAUUGGAGUCAUAUGUAUACAUAUCGCAUGCCUGAUGUUAUAAGGGAAAUUGUAGAUAGCCGCAUGAAUUGUGAGGAUAUUGCUAUGAACUUUUUAGUGUCAAAUGUCACCAAUAAACCACCAAUAAAAGUAACUCCUCGAAAAAAGUUCAAAUGUCCCGAAUGCGCAAACAAUGAAAUGUUAUCAGCCGAUUUAAAUCACAUGCGCGAAAGAUCAAGAUGUAUUGAUGAAUUUUCACAUAUCUAUGGACGAAUGCCACUACGUACGGUGGAAUUUAGAGCUGAUCCUGUCUUAUUCAAAGACAAUUUCCCAGAAAAGUUAAAGAGAUUUAGUGACAUGGGUACCUUAUAAAAGGUAAUUGAAUAAAAAUAAGUAGCUACUAUUUAUAAGUACAAAUUUAAUUAGUAAAUGUGUAUUAAAACUUAUCCAAUCUUUAGUAAAGAAUAAACAAAGUAAAUAUGUAUGUAAUUAAAA